GGAGGAGGAGGAGAGCCUGAGAAGAACAUGAGACUCAUGAGAAGAACAGAACAAGGGUCGUCGCGUUCAGUAUGAACGCAUUGCAUUUGCAUUGCCUGACACUCCUUGCAUCGUCCUCAGCAGCCUCACCUGCUGGCCACUGCUGAGACUUUCCGCUACAUCGUCAGCUGCUUCAGAACCACCCAACAAACUCACAAAUAGAAACCCACACAACCAUGGCCGACGACGAACUGCAAGCUAUCCGCGCAAAGCGCAUGGCCGAAAUGAGGGCCGCCCAAGGCGGCGCUGCAUCGGCUUCUGGAGGUCUACCAGCAGGGAUGGUGGCAGGCGCAGGGGGCCAAGGGCAGAACGCUGCGGAGGAAGCGGAGAAGAAGAGCCAAAUGGAUGAGAUGCGGCGGAACAUGCUCUUCCAAAUCCUUGACAACGACGCCCGGGAACGACUGGCCCGAAUCAAAAUCGUAAAAAGCGACAAAGCCCGCGCGGUGGAAGACCUCUUGAUUCGUAUGGCACAAAGCGGUCAAAUCAGACAGAAAGUAAACGAGACAACCCUGAUCGGGCUCCUAGAACAAAUCAACGAAGCGAAUCAGAAGGAAACUAAGAUCGUGUACAAUCGGCGAAGGGAGGAUGAUUCGGACGAGGAGGAUUGGGGCUUGUAAGCCCUCCCGAUCGUAUGGCGCAGAAGUCUCAUUAUAUCUUUGUUUUGAUGAGCGCCAUCAUCUUGCGGAUACGACACGUCUGCACGUCCCGAAACUCGCUCUCCUAUGGUACCGUCGGCGUCUGGA